UCAAAAAGAAGAAACUAUUGUAAGGUCCUUUCCCCCGGUUGUCUCGCUCCCUUCUCCCUCCCCUCCCUCCCCCUCCCCCCAUUCUUUCGCUCUUCUCUCCCGGGGUUUUAGAACGUUGUGGGUUGUUUGGAACUUGGGGAUCCUCACUGCUGGCCCAUGGCUGUGAUCGCUUCCGAGCGUGGCCGUGCACCGCCCACAGCCCCAGAGCAGGAAUUCAGCACCGAGGGGCUACCCCGGGCCUUCCUGCAGAGCCUACGUACACUCUUCGACAUUCUGGAUGAUCGACGGCGGGGCUACGUCCACCUCUUGGAGAUUGAGUCCCGGUGGCAAGGCGCGGACACGAGAGAGCUUCCAAGGGGCGUACUGGAAGGUCUGAGGAAGGUCGCCCCAGCCAGCGGGUACCUGACCUUCGAGAGGUUUGUAGUAGGGCUGAGGACUUCGCUGUUGAGUGCUGAGAAUGGGGCCCCUCAUGCCAGAGCCCCACAGGGGUCACGGGGCCAGGCGUCCCAAGCCAAGGUACUUCCCAUGGGGCCCGGGAUUUGCAAGGCUAGUUCGGGCCAGGGCCGGGGCAAACUGGUCCAUGAAAAGCACCACCAGCGACUCAUCUUCGCACCCGCAGACGAGCCCCGGACUAUGCUGGAGAAGAAACCUUUGUCCUUGGGAAUUCGUUAUCCCCACGCGGGAUCGAGCUGUUCCUCCCGGAGCCUGGAGAAGCUCUCCAGCCCUCAGGAAGCUGGGUGUUACCCUGGGGAUUUGGAGCGGCCCAAGAGCCAGGCUCCUCAGAGCCCUGGAGGACUGGUCCUGGAGCGAAGUCAGAGUGGAGAUGCAGGCACUGAUGUCUGGACUGUGGGACGAUGCCAUAGUGAAAACUGUACAGCAGGUGGGUCUGGGAGGCAUCCAAGGGGCCGAGGAGAGCAGCGGCGGCAUACUAUCACCAGUGGAGUGGACUAUGACAUGCUGAAGCAGAUGAAGGAGCUGGAACAGGAGAAGGAUGCACUCCUGCAAGGGCUGGAAAUGAUGGACAGGGGAAGGGACUGGUACUACCAACAGCUCCAGUGGGUACAGGAGCGACAGCGCCACCUCGCUAAGAACAAAAAGAGCACAGAUUUUGGGGCCGAGGGGAGCCCCAGCCCACUGGGUCAACUGUUGCCCAAACUGCAGGAAGUUAUUCGGUGCCUAGGGGACCUCUUAGCUGCUGCCUGUGCUGGAAGGGUCCAGGCUGUCCCCAGCCCUGCCUCUGCCACCCCCACCAUAUCCCCUCUCUCUGGGAGACAUCAACAGACCAUAUUCAUGCUGAAGGAACAAAACCGUCUCCUAACAAAGGAGGUAACAGACAAGAGUGAUCGGAUCACACAGCUAGAGCAAGAGAAGUCAGCCCUCAUCAAGCAGCUGUUUGAGGCUCGAGCUCGAAGCCAUCAGGAAACCAGCCAGCUGGACUCCACCUUCAUCUAACACCGCCGACAAGAACGCAAACAUCACAGACAGCCCUUGCUCCUGUGGUGGGCAUAGGGUCUUUUCAAAGCUCCUACCCCAGCAUAGGCACACAUUCUGGGCAUCCCCUGACUUUGUAUGGGCAGAGAUUCAUCAGACAGCCUCUGCCUCUGGCAGGUGUCUUGCGUGUUGAGGACACCACCCCUCUCUGACCACUUAACAUCCAGUCAUGACCAAGGCAGAAGGACUUCCCCAUCUAAGCUCUGGGGAGAAAUAUCUAUAAGAAUAACUUUCGUAGCCAUCUCUGGCAGGAAGGAAGCUUCCCUCAGCCAAUCCCAGAGAGUCUAGCCUCAUCUCCUUUUCUCCACUGCCCCCUUUAGUUGAAAUCCUGCCCCUCCUUCUUGCUACUUGUGUGACCUAGACCAAAUCACUUCGCUUUUCUGGGUUUCAGUUUCCUCCUUUGUAAAAUGAGGGGGCUGGAGUGGAUAACUUCAUAAGGUCCUUUCUAGCCCUGAGCUGGGUUGUUUUCUCAAUACCCCCUGCCAAACCUGGUCUAUUCUUCUCAAGGCGAGGACUGGUUCUCAAAAGAACAUGAACUAUUAGGAGUAGCCCUACGAUGGGGGCAUCCCUUUCUCAGGGCUGGAGUCCCUGGGGCCUGGCAUAUUGCACCGUUCCGCCCAAUAGCUAUUAUGGGAGCAAUAGCUGAGGGGAUGACGAUGAGCUGGAGAGGCCAUCCUCUGGUAGGGAAUGGGGUAUGGUCAAAACUCACCCUCUUUCCCUACCCACCCUCAAAGUGUUUACAGGGAAAAUUCUGGGGUAUUUAGGCAAGAAUGGCUUUUUUAUGGUUGUUGCCCCACCCCUAGGAAUGUGUACAGCUGCUAUCUGUCUGUAGUAAAAAUACACAUCAGCCCAGAUGUC